AAAAGUGAGAUGAGUAAUAUUUUCAGAAUUAAUUACAAUGGUGUAAACUUUUCGUGCAACUGCGCCUAUUUGAGUUUAGGUUGCAAACGAUAUUUUAAAAACAUGAUGAACUACAACCAAAAUUCUAUGGAUAGCAAAGCUCUCUUUGAAUCACUAGAUAAAUUGCAAGAAACUGUCUUCCGCGUGCCAAUAAACAUCGGAGAUAAUAGUAUUGUUAGUAGCGACGAGCAGCUACAAGUGCAUCCUCACAAUCAUAGACGUACCCUUGUCAAAUUUUAUUACGCCAACACACAACAGAUUAAACUUGGUAUUGAAACAGCAUUGUGUAGUAAAAAAUAUUGGCAGGGUACCAAUCUGAAGGAAAGAGCAGAAAUCUGGCGGAAAUGUGCCGAUAUCAUCGCAGAAGAAGACCGUCAUAUGCUGAAUGCCGCAAUUAUGUUAGGACAAGCAAAAACACCGAAAGAAGCUGAGAAAGAUACUUUCCAGUUAAUUGACUUGUUACGAAAAAGUGCAGACUAUAUAAUGCGCCUAUCCAAAAUUAAUCUCAGCAAUAGUAAUCCUGAACGAAUCAAAACAACAUAUUUCCAGCGUCCAUUAAACGGGUUUGUCACGGCCAUUUCACCAUUCAAUCAUAACAACUUUUCUGCUCAUCUGGCACUAAGUCCCGCACUUAUGGGCAACUGUGUGCUUUGGAAGCCUUCCAGCAAUAGUAUAUAUUCUGAUUACUUGGUUUGGAAAGCUACAAAGAAAGCUGGUUUGCCUCCAGGUGUUCUAAAUUUCAUACCAUGUAAUGGCAACUUAUUUGUGGACGUAGUUACUAAAUCACCUUAUUUUGGUGGCCUUAAUUUUGCCGGAAGAACGACAAAUUUUCAUAACAUAUUUAAUGUUACUUAUCUACGAAUUAAAAAUUUCAAAAGUUAUCCACGUAUGGUGGCCGAAUGCAGUACUAAAAACUUCCAUUUUGUGCACGAAAGUGCGGAUGUGAAUAUAGUAGCAGAAGCAACUGCUCAAGCAGCCUUUGAAUAUUCCGGCCAAAAAUGUUCAGCAUGUUCGUGCAUUUACGUUCCAGAAACGCUAUGGAUUCAACUAAAAAAAGAAUUAUUAGACCAGAUAGCCUGUAUCAAGGUGGGAGAUCCAUGUGAUUUCACAUCAGUAACAUCGGCCGUAAUCAGCGAACUUUCCUAUGAGCGCAUAAUAAAAUAUAUUAAGAGAGCCAGUGAUGAGUCAAAAUGUCAAAUUAUAUAUGGUGGAAAUUAUUGCAAAUCUCAUGGAUACUUUAUAGAACCAACAGUGGUGGUUUGUAACGACCCUUUGGAUCCUCUAAUGACACAAGAUAUCUGCGGACCAGUACUAAGUGUCUAUCUGUAUAAAAAUAACGAGUUAGAUAAGAUCGUAAACUUGUUAUUAAAAGAAUCAAGAUAUGCCUAUACUGCGUCAGUAUUUGCCGAGUCGAAAAUUGCCCAUAAACUUAUUGAGAGAUUAAGCUCUGUAUCAAAUAAUUUUUAUAUCAAUGAAAGUUGUACAGGAAAUAUUAUGGGACACCCUAAGUUCAGUGGAAGCCGUCUUUCCGGCACUAAUGACCACAAAAGUUCAAAAUUUUAUUUUAUGCGUUGGGCAUGUCAACAAUUAAUUGAAGAGGCUACAUGAAGUAACUUAAAUUAUAUAUAUUUUUUUUGUCUAUUUUUUUUUCGCAAUUCGAACGAGCACAUUCAUUAAUUAAUUCUAUAAACAAAAUACUAAAAACAAAGACAUACAUAUGUAUGCAUAUACAUAUCAACAUAUUGAUUACACGUUUCUGUGUAACUUCAAAUUUUAUAUAGAGUAUGUCAAAAAUUAUAUCAUCCAACAUAAGACAUUCAACUGAAAACUAAAUGUUCCAACGUUGUUUAAUCUCACCGAUAAAUCGAUGAUGUUAUAUGUUAUUUUUGGAAAAUUAUCAUAUCAAAAGUUUUUAAAUAAAAUAGAAAACAAAAAAACUAUAA